AGUCGCAUCUGACAUUCUAAAAACCCCACACUUGAUCGACGUCGAAAAACACUAUAAUCAGUGUAGGGAUCAUGUGGUUAAUAUUACUCCUUACGUCCAUUAUAUGGACAUCAAAUAAGUGUUACGCUGAAAAAAGCCCUGAAUCCUUACGAACGGAGGAAGGGCUAAUGAUGAACAGUUUCAUGAACAAAUCAACCAACCCUUGUGAUGAUUUUUAUGAAUACGCGUGUGGAAAUUGGGCGAAAAAUCAAAUAAUCGACAAAAGUGACAUUAGUUUCGAGGUUCACGGUGUAGUAACGAGAAAGGUAGAUAAAUUCCUCGAAGAAGCGAUUUUAUUUAAUAAUUAUUCAUCCGCGACUAGUGGAAAGGUUCAGAAGAUUCUAAAAAGCAGUGAAGUGAAAAAGGUACAAAGAUACUUUUCAAUAUGUCGAGAACAGAAAAAGUCGGAGUGUAAACCGUACAUCGAAGAGUGGGGUGUUCCAGGUGGAUGGCCUAUUUCAAAUUCCAGCUGGAGUAAUCAAACUUUCGAUUGGUUAAACAUCACGGGUCAUUUAAAACUGGUUGGCAGUGAAUCUCUUAUUGAUGUCUACGUUGGACCCCACCACAAAGAUGCAACGCGAAAUACAAUUUACAUUCUUCCAGCGGAGUUUCCCCUUUUCAAACCAGUCACCUUUGAAGAAAACCCAAUCGUUAAGGUGGUCCUUACAAAAUUGAUGUUGCUACAUUUCAAACCAUUUGGAUUAGAUAAAGCAACCCUCAAUAAAACAAUCUCCGAUAUACUAGCGUUUGAAUCUAAAUUGGCCAACAUUUUCCCGGAAGAUAGUGAUAGUGCCGAUAUGGAUGAAAUCAAGGAUAUGACUCUGGAAACACUACAGGAACUAAUACCUGAUAUGGACUUCCAAAAACUUGUAAACAUCGUAUCGAAUGAAGUGUUUAACAGGUCUCAAGAGGUGACAAUCGCCUAUCCAUCGUACUUUACGAAUCUACUAAAACUAUUACAGGAAACCGAAUCCAAAGUUUUAGCGAACUUCUUUUCAUAUAGAUUUUGCUUGCAAAUUGGUACCACUGAAACUGUUGAAGUUUACUGCAGGGAUGAAGCUAUAAAGGAGAUGGGCUUUGUGCUUGGAUAUAUCUACAAUACGGCCUUCAAUGACGAAAGAACCAACGAAGAUGUUAGAGCAAUUGCGCAGAAUAUUAAGAGUGUCUUUGCAAAUACAGUGAAACAAGUUGACUGGAUGGACCCGGACACAAAAAAGGAGGCAUUAUCUAAACUUGACAAUUUACUAUUAAAAGUUGGUGCUUCUAACAACAACACAUUUUUCGACAAUAUAAAGGAGGAAUUUUCACUUAUUAAUCUUGAUCCCGACAAUUAUUACAGGAGCUACUUUAAUCUCAUGGCAUAUUCCAACCGAAAGUUAUUCCGAACUCUAAACAAAACCAAUGAAAGAAGCGAUUCAAACUACAACGCAGCAAUGGUGAACGCAUUCAACGAUAUGUCGAAAAAUUUUAUCCUCGUACCUCCGAAUAUACUUCAAGGUCCAAUAUAUGAGUUUCACUUUCCAUACAGUGUUAAAUACGGCGGGCUAGGAUCAGUUGUGGGUCACGAAAUCACUCAUAGUAUGGAUGGAACAGGUCGGAUAUUUGACUCAAAAGGUACAGUCCGAGAGUGGUGGACUAAAAAAUCAGAAGAAGAGUAUCUAAACCGAACAAAAUGCUUACAGGCUCAAUACGCUAAUUAUACUCCGAGUUCCCAAAACUCAUCGGCAAAUACUAUAGGAGAAAGCACUCUUGAUGAAAAUAUUGCUGACAAUGGUGGAAUCCGCCUGUCGUACCAAGCUUAUAAGGACUGGUAUGCGAAGAAUUCUGAUGAGCAGGAGACCCUACCACAUCUUAACCUAACAAACACCCAACUUUUCUUUCUCAGCUUUGCCCAGUUCUACUGUGAAAUGGCGAAACCAGGUGCGGUAUUGGUAAGCAUGUUAACUGACGAGCAUAGUUUAAGCAAAAAUCGUGUUAUUGGAACAUUAUCGAAUUUCGAAGAAUUUUCAAAAGAAUUUAAUUGUCCAGCUGGCUCGAGAAUGAAUCCUACCAAAAAGUGCAGAGUGUGGUAGUUAGAGAUGUGCAAAAGGUAAAAGUGCGACAGUAAUUCGAUGGGA